ACAAACUAAAAGAAGAAGAAAAAAAGAGGAAAAAGAAAUCAUUCAAGAAAAUAACAUGGCUGAAAAUGUUGCAUCACAGGAAAAUCAAGUCUCUAAACACCAAGAGGUUGGCCACAAGAGUCUUUUGCAAAGUGAUGCUCUUUACCAGUACAUAUUGGAGACGAGCGUAUACCCAAGAGAGCCAGAACCCAUGAAAGAGCUUAGAGAAUUGACUGCUAAGCAUCCAUGGAAUCUUAUGACAACAUCUGCUGAUGAAGGACAAUUUUUGAACAUGUUGUUGAAGUUGAUCAAUGCUAAAAACACCAUGGAGAUUGGUGUCUACACUGGCUAUUCUCUUCUUGCUACUGCUCUUGCUCUUCCACAUGAUGGAAAGAUAUUGGCAAUGGAUAUUAACAAGGAAAAUUACGAAGAAAUUGGUUUACCCAUAAUCCAAAAAGCUGGCGUAGCUCACAAGAUUGAUUUUCGAGAGGGACCUGCUUUACCUGUUCUUGAUCUAUUAGUUGAAGACAAAAAUAAUCAUGGCACGUACGAUUUCAUUUUCGUGGAUGCUGACAAAGACAACUACAUCAACUACCACAAAAGGAUAAUAGAAUUAGUGAAAGUUGGUGGUGUGAUCGGGUACGACAACACCCUAUGGAAUGGUUCAGUGGUCGCUCCACCUGAUGCUCCAUUGAGGAAAUAUGUUAGGUAUUAUAGAGACUUUGUAUUGGAACUUAACAAAGCUUUAGCGGCUGAUCCAAGGAUUGAGAUUUGUAUGCUUCCGGUUGGUGAUGGAAUUACCCUGUGCCGCCGUAUCAGUUGAUUAUUCUAUUUCUUUUCCCUGUUUGUUUUGUGAAUUAUAAUAUGUGCAUGUCAUCAAUAUCUCUAUUACUAAAAUAAUAUUUGUAUUUCGAAUAUUGUAUUUCUGAAAUUGUAAGAAAUAUUAAGAUUUUAUUUUAUA